AUGGCCCCCCGUCUCACCCCCCUCCGCCUCCUCCCCCGGCUGGCCCAAAGAGCCUUCUACUCCACAGAAGCGCCCGGCCCCCUCCUCAGAAUAACCGACAUCCCGGCCCCCUCGACCGGCCACAUCCGCAUCCUCGAGCUCAACCGCCCCUCCGCCCGCAACGCCAUCUCCCGCGCCCUCCUCGACUCCCUCCGCUCCGAGAUCGAGGACAUCCACGAGCAAUAUGACCCCGCGACCGGCGAGGAACUCCCAACCCCUCAAUGGAAAAAGAGAUUCGGGGGGGUGGCGGGGGAGGACGAGAAAGGUCCCACGCGGGCGUUGGUGAUUGCCAGUGCGGUUGAUGCUAGUUUUUGCGCGGGGGCGGAUCUAAAGGAGAGGAGGGGGUUUACGCAGGAGGAGACUGCCGCUUUUUUGUCGAAUCUCAGGAAUACCCUGACUUCGCUGUCGAAUCUGCCUAUUCCUACUAUUUCGGCCAUCUCGUCGCUGGCGCUUGGGGGAGGGUUGGAGUUGGCUUUGUCGACGCACUUCAGGGUCAUGACGUCGAAUGCUGUGGUUGGGUUGCCUGAGACGAGGUUGGGGAUUAUUCCUGGUGCUGGGGGGACUUACCGUCUUCCUGCUCUGAUCGGUAUCAACAGGGCGAGGGAUUUAAUCCUUACUGGGAGGAGGGUUUCCGCUCCGGAGGCGUAUUUCCUUGGGCUGGCGGAUAGGUUGGUCGAGGUGCAGCCCGAGAAGGAGUGGGAGGGUUUGCAGGAGAAGGAGAGGGAUGGGAAGGUGCUGGACUUGGCGAGGAGGACUGCGUUGAGUGAGGCGGUGAGGUUGGCGACGGAGAUUAGCGAGGGGGGGCCGAUUGCGAUCAGGGCGGGGUUGAAGGCGGUUGGGGAGCCGAUGGAGGCGGUGGAGAAUGAUAUGUAUUUGAGGGUGGUGAAUACUGAGGAUAAGUAUGAGGCGUUGAGGGCGUUUGGGGAGAAGAGGAAGCCUGUGUUUAAGGGGAGGUAA